AUGAAUAUAGGAAUAUUGCCAUUCACUCGUGGGGGUAAAUUACCUUACUGGUUGCUCUUUAUUUCCAUUGUAUCCAUUUUCAAUUCAUUACAAACCUACCAAAAAGACUUGACUUUAACUAAACGAGUAUACAAUGCCAAACCACAACAAGUAACAAACUUAUCAGCAAGAACUUUUGGGACUUGGACAUUGAUUACGUCUAUAGUUAGACUAUAUGGAGCUUACCAUAUCACCAAUCCACAAGUAUAUCAGUUGACUCAGUUCACUUUUGGCGUGGCUGCAUUCCAUUUUUUGAGCGAGUGGUUAGUUUACAAAACUACUCUGUUGGGUAAAGGUUUGAUGGGGCCCUUAGUUGUGAGUAGUUUGAGUUUAGGUUGGAUGUGGUUAUAUAAGGAUUUUUAUGUUUUUUGA